UUCUUCUCAACGCCAGUAUACGCGUAUUGCAUGGCUUCUCAGCAGAGAAAUAAGCAGGAAUAUGAUUCCGACGACGAAUAUAUUUCACAAAUGAAUCUAAAUGGGUAUAAAAUAUCUACAUUGCUGUUAGGUCGGUCACAACCAAAAACGUUAGUCAGAAAAGGGUGUUUUCGCUGUCAGCGCGGAUUUAUGAUACGAGCUAAAGGCUAAACACUCGGUAACAUUUUACUCACUACACUCAACAUCUUCAUUAAAUGCCACAACUAACCAAAAUGAAGACCCCUGUUUUACUUCUAUGCUUUUUGCUCGCAAAAGGUGUGUUUGGUGAUUUUGUGAUGGAGGGAGAUUCUGUCACGCUACACACUGAUCUUACUGAUUUACAGAAAUAUGAACGUAUACUCUGGACAUUUGGACCUGGCCGCACUCGUAUAGCUCAAAUCAACAAUGUAGUCAAUAAGAUCUCAUUAUACAAUGAUGUUCUUGAUGGGAAAUUCAGAGACAGGCUGCAGCUGGAUGAUCGGACUGGAUCUCUGACCGUCACAAACACCAGAACUGAAGACUCUGGACUUUAUGAACUGCAGAUCAUUGGUGGGAUAGAGGUCCCACCAAAGAAGUUCAGUAUUAUUGUUUCUGCUCCUCUGCCUGUUCCUGUCAUCAGCAGAAACUCUUCACAGUGUUCUUCUUCAUCAUCUUGUUCAUUGUUGUGUUCAGUGGUGAAUGUGGGUCAUGUGACGCUCUCCUGGUACAAAGGAAACAGUUUAUUGUCCAGCAUCAGUGUGUCUGAUCUCAGCAUCAGUCUCUCUCUACCUCUGGAGGUGGAAUAUCAGGAGAAAAACCCCUACAGCUGUGUGAUCAACAAUCCCAUCAGCAACCAGACUCAACAUCUGGACAUCAGUCAACUCUGUCAACCAUGUGAAGCACCAGGUUUGUCCGCAGGUCAUAUAGCGCUGGUUUGUGCUUGUGCUCUGUCUGUGGCUGCAGUUUUGUGUGGUAUUUAUUAUUACUGCCAGCGCAAGACGCGUAAACAGACAGAUAAAGGCGAUGAACCUGACGGAGAGGAACUCAAGAGCCUAAAAGGUGUAGUUCCUGGAAACAAUGGGGACGUUCAUCAGCCAAACCAUGAUGGGGAAACGAGACAUUCAAAAAAUGGUGCAGUUCCUUUGUUAGCUGUGGAGGUAGAUGGUGGGAACGCGUCUGUUCAGGAGGGAGAUUUAGAAACUAGUGUGCUUCUUAAGGAAGAUAAAAUCACAUCAAUGCCAGUGAUUGAGGGACAAUCUGUCACGCUACACACUGAUCUUACUGAAAUACGGGAAAUUGACAUGAUAUGGUGGAAGUUUGCAGAUUUCAAAGAACGCAGUUGUGCUAAAUUUGUUUUAAUAGCUACGCUGAAUAAAACAAACAAUGAGGUAAACCUAUAUAAUGAAACAAUUCAACAAUUCAAAGACAGUUUGAAACUGAACCUUGAUACAGGAUCUCUCACCAUCACAAUCAUCACACCUGAACAUUAUGGAUUUUAUAAACUACACAUCACCAGCAAAGAAGAGAUGGUCGUUCAUACCUUCAGUGUUGUUGCUCAAAACCUAAUGAGAAGAGAGCGGACCCAAAGACUUCUCCAGAGGAGUCAAACCUGCCCAUGAUUACAACAGAUGACCUUAUAGUAUAUAAAGACUGGAAUAUUAUCCACAUUUCAAUUCCACUGACAAAAACAAGAAACAUUUUCUACUUUUCUCAACAAUCUAACAUCCCUAAUGACCAAAAAGAAAACACUUUAAUGACGAAGGUAAAGUUGAGUGUUCAAUAUGAACUGACAUAAAACACAACAUAUGUCACACUACACUUGCAUUUGUCCA